UUAUAUGAAGGAGCCUGGAAGGUUUUGCCCCUGAGUGAAAUAUGGAAGCUCAACUCAUCUCUUCCCCAUGAAUACCAAAUUAAAAAUGGUGAAGAAAUGUCUAUGUUUUUAAAGUGUUUCCAUGACAAUGGCCUUCUUUUAUAUUAUGAUGAAGAGAAAUUGAGGGAGCAUACAGUACUUGACAUUCAGUGGUUUGCUAAAGCUUUCAGCAAGAUUAUUGCUGAUAAAAACCAUAUUAAUGACGACUGCAAAACGAUAUUAAUUACAGAAUGGAAAUCCUUUAACAAAACGGGGGAACUUAAAGAUAAAGUGAUAGAUGCUCUAUGGAAAGAUGAAUCCUCUUACCUGGAACACAAGAGGGAAAUUAUGUCGUACAUGGAGAAGCUUCAAAUGCUGGUACCUUUGGACUCUGUUGAGGCUGUACCAGAAGGCGACAUGUCAUGGUAUGUGCCAUGUAUGAACAAAAAGCAGUUUAAAGCGGACUUCUGUGAAGAAAAAUGGGAAUGUUCCUCCAUUUUAUGCUUUCGGUUCACUUCUUUUGCCAUGUUUGUGUUCUACAGACUGGUAGCAUACUGCAUGAGCUCUCUAAAAUGGAGUGUUUCAAAAGACGAAGACAAUGAAGGAAGUCCUUGUCUUUAUCAAACAGCCGCAGUGUUUGAUCACAAUGAACACACGGUUGUUGUUGGUAUAUGCAAUGAUGAUAUCCAGUUGCAAGUAUUGAGAAUCACACCACUGAUUUUAGACAAAGACGUAUCAAAUGACAUUGGAGAUUCUAUUGAAAAAGCAAUAAAGAAACUGACAGAAACAUUUAUUGGCACAAAAAUAUUCCACAAAGGAUUCAAAUGUCAAAACAUUAUUUGUCAUGAAGAAGAUUUAUCUUUCACCCUUGCAGGUGAUCUCUCUAAAAUUAAAGGUGAUAAAGAAAUACAGUGCAAAUGUCGACUACAGGAGAAACACGUCAUAAAUGUACAAAAGACCUUAAGUUUCUGGGAAAAGGUACAACAAGAAGAGAAUGUAAAUGUAGAAGAAUCCGGUCAAACAACUGACUUGAUUUUGAAUGUGGUGUCCAGAAAACUUCAUGGGAUUCCAUCCACCUUCAUGCUUGCUCAAACUUUUGGAGUCCAUAUGAAAGAAACCGCCAAUGUUGAAGAGGAUAGAUUUAGAAUUCUCUAUAAAUGGAAAUGCAAAAAUUCAGCCCUGGAUCACCUAAGAGAGUUGGAGAGAAUUUUACGUGACGCUGGAGACGGAGAAGCAGCAGAUUAUGUUGGGACUUUUCAGGUGUCAGACUUUGAAUGUAGUGAUAUCUCAAUACCUGCACAGCCUGUUUCAGAGAGUGACUUGGAUAUGUUAAAGGAAAACCUUUCAAAGGACUACACUCAUUUGGUGCGAUUUUUAGGUCUGCCGCAUGUAUGUAUAGAACAGCUCGAGGAAGACAUACCAUUUGUUAAAGAAAGGAUACAUAAAUCUUUCUUGAAAUUGAAAGAAAGGCAUCCAAAUUUAAGUCGUAUGGACAUAUGUAGAGGUUUAAAGUUCAUAGAACGAAGGGAUGUCAUUGAUUUGCUGAAUAAGCAAUGGCAAUUUAAAUAGGACAAAAAAGAUAUGCAAUAACAUACGUGUAUUAUUCGGGAUAUUACAUUUUGUAAGGACCCAUUGCAUACUUGUGUAGAGCAUUCAUAGAAAUAAUUACUAAUUAAAAGUUAUAUCAUAUACAUGUAUAUAAACAUAAACUGGGUGGGACGCAUGGUCCUUAUGCCAGACCAUCGACUCCCCAAGAAACUACUCUUACUUUGGUGAACUACUGGAAGGAAAGCCUACCCAUGGUGCCCCCAAAAAGCGAUUCAAUGACAGUCUUAAGGCUUCUCUCAGGCAUUCAGUAUCAACCCUGAUUAUUGGGAAGUUGCAGCACAAGACAGGUGUGGGUGGAGAGCCGCAGUCCACGAGGGCACCAAGAGCUGUGAGGCCAACAGGACGUCUGCAGCAGAACAACGCAGGCAGGCCAGGAAAGGCAGCGCCAACGAUCCGGCAGCUGCCACCAUCCCCUACCCUCACUGUCCGAGACUAUUCCGUGCGAGGAUCAGCCAGACCAGUCACCUCUGCAACCACGGUCCAAAUCAACCCCCUCCCCCACGAAGAUGAGACAGUGGUCAUCGUCACCAUCGACAGAAAAACAACAGCCUGUAUAUAAACAUUACACAAACACAAUCACUGAAGUUGGUGUUGCAGAAACUCGCAAUUUUUUUUUUCUAAAUCAAGAAUGACAUUAAAAUGCUCACGACGCAUGUCAAGUAACAAGUUUCUCUAAAUUACGAUAAAGGUACGAAAAUGACUUUAUUGGGGUAUGUUCAGUUGGCCUUAUCAAAAUAUACUAAUAUAU